AAAAAACAAAUAAACUUAAAAUGUAUUAAAAUCAACGCAUAAUCGUGUAAACCGAACCGUUUUAGAAAAUCCAUAUUUUUAUAUAACCGCGAAGGGGCGAACCAAGCAGCACCUGAAGCAGCAUCGAAAUGGGAAUUCCGGAUAUACGACAGCUGGUCACACUGGAGUUCGAAGUGUACGGACAUGUACAAGGCUUGAAUUUCACAAAAGAAACGCGGGAUCGUUGCACCAAGGCAGGUAUCACAGGUUGGGUCAAAAACAGUAAACAAGGAACAAUUGUUGGCAAAAUGCAGGGCGCCAAGGUGGAGGUUGACAAAAUGAUUACUUGGUUGUCCACCGAAGGCCCGCCAGGCUGCCAAAUCGAACGAUGCGAACUGCGAAAUCAAAGCAAUUUAAAUCGACUGGAUUAUAAAGACUUUGCAAUUAGAUUUUAAAUGUUGUACAGUCUAA